CUCCACGUCAUCUGUCUAGUCGCGACUUCCGACCAGCAUCCCAAAUCCAACUUCACCGCGCAUUUCCCCACACCCGCUGAGUUCCGGCCUCAUAAAUUUUCCAGGCCAUGCGCCCUUCGCUCCGGGGCGGGUGGGCAUAGUUUUUGGAGUUUGCGCCCCUCAGAACACAGCGAUCCGACAAAACCGCCCAGGACGCGUCGUGUUGCGACCGCCAAGAGUUAUUUCUCACGGGCAGGACGCGAGAUCACGUGCCGGACUUCGUUGUUUCCAAAACACCGCCAACACUCCCUUGCGCUUUAACUGCAAUAUCAAGCUCCUCGAAUGGUCGCCCGCACUCGUCCAGGCUGCUCGCAUCGCUGUCGCGACCGCCACGGGCCUCCUCAGCGGCCGGGAGUCGCCAGCCGUCCGAAGCCCACAGCCUAUCACGCUCCGCACUGCCACCGGUUUCAAACUCUCUGCCUGCAGUUCGCAGUUCCCUUGUCCUGCGCCGCCUGUGCUCCGCAAUGGGCCCAAAAAGGCACCAUGCUGCCUUUGCAGAGUAUCUGCGGCUGCCGGCGUUGGUCAUCGGUCUGUCGGUCUGUCGCUUGCAGGUGCUUUGUUCUGCCCACGCGGGCUAAGGGCCGAGGAUUGGCCUCUUCACCGACAACUUCCGUGGGCGCCAUGACGAGAUCACGCUGCGCCCGCUCGUUUCCUACUGACUGGCCAGAAAGGCCCUCGCAUCUCUCCGCACGAUGGCGGCUUGCGCGCGUUGCGCGAGAGCAACCGAAUGCCGAUCAAGAGCCCGUCCGCUUUGAACCGGACCCAUGUCUGCAGACAUGCGGAACCACUACGUAUGUAAAAUGCGCCGGAAGUCGUUCGUCAUGCAGGGUCGAAAAUUCUAGUAAACCACGCAGUUUCACGCCUCUGUCGGCACACUACUCGGCCCGGAACGUACGUUGGAGCGUAGGAGAGGCGCAUUUUCCUAUCUUGCGUGCUGUUGAAUUGUCUGCCGCAAGCAGGGAGGUAUAGCUUAGUGUUCCCAAUUAGACGCCCAGCGCCGCGAGUCUGCGGCCAACGAACCGCAGCGCUUCACCACCUGGGGAAACGAUG